AUGAUGGAGAAGAAAGCUAUGGCUAUUGAGAAGAUCAAUGCAUAUAUGCAAAAGUUGAAAACAAUGGAAAAGAAAUUUGAUCCAUUAUCUCAUUUUACUUUGCAUAAAGUGUUGUCUCAAAUUUCUCCACAAUUUUAUACUAAAGAUGAGUUAACACAAAUUGAGAAAGUCAAUCAUAUUUUGUGUCAAGAAGCAAAUCUCCCUUCUAUUUCACAAAGUAAAGAAAAAAGAGUAGAAGUCGUCAAUGAUAAAAAAAGGCGUCGUCCAAAUAAUGAAGAUAUCAUAUAUGAUGGUGAAAGAAAAGUGAAAUCAAAGUCUACAAUUAGGAAGAAACCAAUUAUUCACAAGAAAGAAACUAUGCUAUCACCGCCACCAGAAUUGCCUAGUCAUGUUAAUAACAUGAUCAAAGUGUUGAAUGGUAGUGAUAUUAAAUAUAUCAUGUGUAAGGAAUUGUUUAAAUCAGAUCUCAACUAUUACCUCAAUCGUCUUUCAAUGCCGAUUACACAAAUUAAGUCUGAUUUUCUUACAGAAAUAGAAAAGACAACUUUGAAAACAAGAGAUCAUGAAGGAAAACCAAUUGGUAUAAAAGUGAUUGUGUUAGAUCCUUGUUUUAACGAAUUUUCGUUGUUUUUGAAGAAGUGGAACAUGAAGACUACUAGUAUUUAUAAUCUUCAUCAAGAUUGGACACCUAUUUUGUUGAAGAAUAAUUUUAAAGAAAAUCAAAAACUUGAUAUUUGGUCAUUUAGAAUUAAUGAGAAGUUGUACCUUUUACUCAAUGAUAAUGAGACACACAAAAUUGAAGAAAGUAGAGAGUUGAAGAAUUCAACCGGGGUUUCGAAAAAGAAAAAAGAAUGA